AUGUUAUGGCAGCACGUAACAUCAACGAAAGAUUCGCUUUGUCUUCGUAAAUGCGUAAAGAAAAAAAAAAAACAGAAGAAUAUAUGAAAAAUUAAGGUGAAUGCAGGUGUGAAGGGGGUGGAGGGUGAAAGAAAAGUAACGGGACAACGGAGAACGGGACGGGGGACGCUACGCACGACCCGUCGGCUGUCAAAAUCGUCCGAACGAGCGCUCGGAGGUCCGUGACAUUUUGAUAUGAUCGCGGACGGUGCACUAACAGCCGUCACGUUUUGCGGAACUUGAAUACUCUGAGAAUGCCGUCGUAGAGACGCGUCGAGAUGCAAAAUGUCAAUGUCAGGCCCACCGUCUUUGAAAUCUCUAGUUUGUGAAGAAGUCUUCGACGAGCGGAGCCAACCCUCAGAGGAAGAGGUUCGUGAGUAUGCUGUCAGGAUAGGUAUUGAUCCUACAUCAGAGUCGCACCUGAUCCCCCUGGCUAGAGAGGGCUUACUGAAGCCUUUACCGAAAAACUGGAAGCCCGUAUAUGAUCAAGAAUCGAAACGCUAUUACUAUUUUAACUUUAAGACAAAACAGACAUCAUGGGAACACCCACUUGACAGCAAGUUUCGUGAUCUUGUCAAGAAGAAUCGUUCAGAAAGCCUGAGUUCUGCUGGUGAGGAGGACUCCAAAACAUCCAUCAAAGAGGAGCUAAAAAGCUUUGAGGAGGCUGGUGCAUCUAUUGGGCUAGAAGCAGACAAUUCUGCUUCCUUCAAGGACAAUCCAAUGGAUUUUUCGCUGCAGGGGGUUCCAGCAUUAAAAUCUGCCCUGAGUCCAUUGAGAACUAUUAAGAAAGAUCAAGAAAGUUUUUCAUCACGGAAAGAUAGACAUAGGCCAUUAUCUGGUAAAAGUGAUCUCAGGCCAAUAUUUACUCCUAAACCUCUGUUUUCUCAAAGUACAAAGCCACAGAAUUCUGACAAGAUUCGGAGUAAGAAGGCAGAAUGGGAUGAUUACUCAUCGCUCAUAGAUGAUGACAGCGAGCCGCUUCAAGAUAUUCAAGGUCACAGAUCAGGAACAAACACUAAAUAUGGAGCAUCUCUCGAUAAUAAUGUGCUCUCACAUGAUCGUAGAGUGGAACCUUCAAGCUCAUCUAUUAUUGGCCGGUUUACCAUUGAUAAGGUUCAUAAAAUUGACAUUGACUCACAGGCCAAAAGACUAGAUUCUGAUGGAGCCAUUGACACUAGUCGCCCUUCUGAUCGCUUCCUGAAAAGUGGUCGUGCUGAGUUCACACUUUCGGGUGGUGGUUCCGUAUUUUUGAAAUCCAAUAAAAAAAAGGAUGAAGAGAAGAAGCAGGAAGAAUUAUCAAAUUUGAGUGACAUAGUUGGAAUGGAUUUUGAACUGUUGAAAGAGCCAAAUGCACUGGAUUCAUCUCUAAGAAAUAUAAAAUCCUCUGUAAGAUCCUUAAACUCUUCUCCAACCAUCUCAGCAUCAUCAACUCGCAGUAUACUGAGAACACCUCAAGCUGAAAAACGUCUAUGGGAUGUUGACCCUCAGCAAAUGUCUGUUUCAGAAAAAGCUUUAUGGAAACAACAAGAGCUUGAAGAAGAGAAGAAGAGUGUUCGUUUCAACCUUGACAAAGAGCUCAACAUUUCUUUCAAAUUGUCUGAUUCCUCCAACAGUGACUCUCCAUCAGAGGUGGAGGAUGAGGAAGAGGAUGAAGACCUCGACUUAAAUUCAAACAGCAGUGAAGGUUUGGAGAAGGACUUAAAAUUACUUCCUAGCGAUAAAAGUCAAAUCCCUCAAUCCUCAAACAAACAGAGACAGAUGAGCCCUUUGGAAGAAUGGGCCAAGGAAACUUGGUUUUCCAAGAAGCCAUCUUUGGAUGAAGAGUUAAAAGAUCUUGCAAAAUUGGACAGUGAUUUUGGUUUAUGUAGAAAAACUUUGCUUGACAAUGAGAAGGUAGAUCAAACUGAGGAUGCAGCAAGUGCCCUAAAGGCCCUGAAAGGUGAUGAGAAAAUUCUUGAGAGCUCUUUAGAUGUGGAUAUUAAAUCUUUAGAAAAGUCUAACGAGCUUUUAUCAAAGCAAAAUUUGGAAUUAUCUGACAUUGAUGAAUUUUUAACAAGUUCCCCUAUGAAAAACAAUGCUUCUCCUGCUGAACAAGAUCAAUUGAGUGCUGAGGCCCGACUGGUUGAAUCACUUACCAAAAAGUUGAAGAGCUCUUACAGGCCUACUGAGGAUGUUGUUACCUCGAGAGAGGCUCGCGCGCGUGAGGAAGCAUUUCGCAAUUGGAAUGUAUCACAGACGGAUGGUGAGACAUAUAGACCUCCUUUAUCAAGACAGCAGUCACAGCAGCAGUUGCAGCAAAUAAAACACCAAAUAAAAGAACCUACAAAGGUGGAAGAUCGAGAGCGUGCACUAAGAGCCUGGAAUGUUACUGACGGUUCCGAUGAUUCGGUUUCAUUUUCAAAACGUAUUUCUCCAAUAAGAACCGGACUUAGUGAAGAUUCUGUCCUUAACUGUGCAUCUGGAGUCUCAUCAGAAUAUCUUCAGGGAAAACAGUCUGAAAGUGAAGUGAAUGUUGAAGAAACCGACAAGAAAAUACCACUAUCUUUGAAAGACAGCCUUAUAGUUAAGGAUGUGGAAAAGGAGCUGAAUGAAGAUAUUGAAAGGCUGCAAUCAGAACACAAAAUUCGGUUAGAGCAAAAAAAGCAUGAGUGUAAUAUGAAAUUUGAAGCAGAACUAUUAGAAAUUACUCAAGCCCACCAAGAAAAGUUACAGAAGAUCCUUGAAGAGGAAACCAAGAAGAAUGAAAAGAAAUGCAAAGAUUUAGUUUCGCAAAUGGAGCGGGAAUCGGACCUUAAAAUGAAACAGAUACGAGAACAGCUUGAGCACAAGCAAAACUGUUCGCAACAAAAAAUUCUUGAACAACAUCAACAAUCUUUAGCUGCACAAGAAGUUGAAAACCAAGCAGCAAUGCUUAGAAUCAGAGAGCAGCACUCUGCUGAUAUGAAAACAUUACGAGAGCAAUUUCUGAGAGAGGAGGAGCAAGCACGCCGGGAUCAUCAAGAAAAAAUUGCCAAUUUGCGUGACGAUCGUGAUGGGAAGCGAAGCAGAGAAGUCACAGACCAUUUGAGGUCCAUAGAGAAGUUACGUUGUGAGAAGCGUCUAGUCGAAGAUAAGUACAGAAUUUUGAAGGAGAAAUACAUCAAGCUUAAAGGAGAAAUGAAAGCGAAUACAGAAAAGAAAGAACAGAAACAUAAAGAAGUGAACCACACAGAUGAGAAAACUAAGUCCAACCUGCCAAGCAAUAUAGAACCAGAACUAAGCCCUCAGUUUCAGCAGCCAUCUGACAGAUCGGAGACCGAGUCCAGACCCAAGACAGUCAGUGCAGGCAGUUCGGAUACAAGCAAAUCGUUGGGGUUUCAACAAUUCCAGGUGCAGCACCAGGAGCAGACUGUGCUGCAGGAUCCUCCCUCCCCAGCUCCAAAUAGUGGUCCAUCAGGAGUAACAUGCAACAACAUCAAUGAUUCAAGCAUCCCCAAUGUGCCUUUUUUAGGGAUGAGUUUUUGUAAGCCUCCAUUUCAGGAAAAGUCUUGGGCUUCAAACCGAAAUGGAAUACCUACUUUGCAGUCUUCUUGGAACAAUCAUCCUUAUUUCACAACUGAAAGAAAUGGAAACAUUCUUACAAAUGAAGAGACGCAAUGGAACCCUCCAAACUUCAAUACAACUACAUCUCAUCAAUUUUCUCCUCUGGAAGCACUAAGAUACCAGUUAAAAACAUUGGAUGAGCUUGAAGAACAGUUUCCUGUCUCAUCGGUUACAGAUGCAUAUCUUCGCUAUCCAUUUUCUGAUGCAGCAGCCCCAAAGAAACUGGAAAGUGCUGAGCUAGAGUUCUUCCGGCAUCGAAUUCACUUAGAAAGAGACAUGAUUCGCCAAGCCAAGAGUACUUUACAAGCUCAACAGUCAGAAUACAGGACAAGGAUGCACAAUUUCCAGCUAAGACAGACGAGUAGCAAAGUAGCUGCUCCCAGCAGCACACUCUAUCAAAUGGCUAAAGAGGAGCAAGAACUAUCUGAUAUGGAGUCAAAGCUACAGCGCACGCGCACCAUAUUAAGUGAGAAAAUGGUACAUUUACGCCACUUGGAAGAUUCACUGAAUCAUCUCACUGGUCCAUCUAUGAGAACGGAACUUAAUGGGAGAAGAGGCAAUGGAGUACCUGAAACAAGACAUGCAGAGAAACCCAAACUUAAACAACAUCGAAGAUGGGACUGGAAAGCUGGUGGUUUGGGUGUGGAAGAUGUCAGUGAUGAAGUAUCCUCUGACAGUGGAGGGAGUUCAGGAUUUAGUAGUACUGAAUAUGCAUCUGAUGGUACAUUAGCAUCACUGCUAACCCACUCUGGCUCAGGACCGAGAUUCAAACAUAAUCCAGAAAACACUGCAGAUAUAAACUUAAGCCUGCAUAAUCUUAAUGCUGAGAUAAGUGAAAUUUGGAAUGUAUUAUGUAAGCAAAGAGCUGCAGCGGGUUUGGGGCCUCCACCACUUCUUGGUACACAAGCUGCUGGAAUGAGCUCUACUUCUCAGAACUAUCAUCAGACUAGUGCCUCAGCUGCUCGUGUUAGCAGUCCAACAAUUACUCCUUCAAUUUCUAAGGUGAUUCAGGAUAAAAAUUCGUCUUUGAUUGAGCGCACAAAUAAUCUCCGUCAGUGGCUGCAGAAAGCCAAGAUGAGCGCAUCUCUUCCAUCUGCACCUUCACGAGAAAAAAAUGAAGUGUCCUUUUAAUAUUUACUUCAUGAUGUACCUUGUUUUUCUUUUUUGUUUCUUUUAAUGAUAUAAUUUAUUACAUUAAUAUAUUUGCACUAAUUUAUUUAUUUUAUUCACUUAUUAGAAUGUGUUAAACUUUGAAAGUAUUAAGGAAGGCUGUGUUGUAAAGUUUUAUGGAUUUGUUACUAAGUGCUCUGAUAUAUAGAGGGCAAUUUGUAAUAAUUUUAUUCAACACUGUGGUACAAUGAAGUUGUGCCCAAUGACUUCUGUCCAUGUAUUAUUGUAUGAUCUCAGUCAAGAAGUAUGCAGUACUUUGGCUCUGUUGAUUAUGCUCAGGAUUUAUGUGAAUGAUAAUUUACCUAGAUUUGACCAUGGACACAGCCAGAACUACACAUACUUACUUGUUAAUUCAAAGUGAUUUUAACUUUUGUUACCACUUAACAACGAAAAUUGCCAGAGACCUAUAGUUAGGCACCAUACCGUAUACUUCCUGUAAAAAGGUGGUGUAUUGUCAUUUUAUUAGAUUGUGAUUUUACAAGUGCAAUAAUGAAUUCAUUCUUGUAGACUAUUUGCAAGUAGUGCACUGGCCAUUGAACAAUUUUGGAGUUUUGAUUAAAGCAGUUCCUUAGUCUGGAAGAUUUACUUGUCUCAUCAUACUUGAGUUUACUGCUGUAUUUUGUACAGAUCUAGUAGAUAGGGUUUGUAAAGUUCCCAGACAGAGACUCUUAUUUGAAGCUCAGUGCAUUUGUUUGAACUAUUAACCACUAUUUAACAUUUGUAAUAUUUCUAGUCCAACAGUUAUGUUAGAUGAAGUAUCAAGAUUUUACAAGAAUAAUGUGUCCCUUAAGACCGCAUUCCGUUCCCUUAUGGCCUAUUAAUGAAUUCUAUUUUAUGUCUUAAUAUGUCCAACGUAUUGAAUUGCCAUUUAUGAACUGUAGAGUACCUGUGCUUGAUGAACUUAAGCAAUUUUAUUGAUAGACAGAACUGUAAUAAACAACUUUGCCAGUGGUGGAGGGAAUGAUGUGCUGUGUUUAGGAUAUUUUUCUAAUUGAUGUCUUUCUUAGCCAUUAUGGAAUCUAAGUUAAAAUCUGUCUUAUGAAAUUGUGUCUACACCGUCCAUUCAUGGUAAAGCAGUCUAUUACAUAAAUUUCUUUGUUCUAACCAUCAUGCUUCCAUGGCAAAGCCUGUGUGUCCAAUGUAUGUACACUCAUCUGUGUCAACCUUGUGCGCUGUUUAAUCUCAGGGUUGUAUUGCUCAAGCUGAGACUUGCCAUUCUGAUCUUUCAAAUUGUGCUUAAGCAUCCGUCCCUACAACUAGUGGAAAGAGCUUGCAAAGAUCAAAUUUUAGCGACAGUGACAUAUCGCAUUCCUAAUUCAAGUGUCAUGGUAGUUGUCAGAAUUUUAGCACUAUCAGCAACUUCAUAAUAAAAUGUAUGAUGGUUUUAUAA